AUGGAACGUAUUCUUCUUGCCGUCGACUAUCCAGAUCCAACUGACCUCAAACUUUUUAAUUUCAAACGAGAAAUCGUUUUAUCUUAUUUUACAAAUGAAUCAUCUCUUCGACAUAUCUUCCAACAACAAAUUACAAAUCUUAUUCUUAUAAAUAAUGACAAAAAGAAAAUGAUAGGAUCAUUAAGAAAUUAUACUAUAAAUGUGUAUGGACAUAUUUUGAAGUUCUUUAAAAAUUUAACACAUUUGAGUAUUAUUGAAGGAUUCAAUUCGUCAUAUCCAGGCUUGAUACUUGAUGAUUUACCAUCGACUACUUUCUUCUCUUCAACUCUUACUCAUUUAUGUAUCAAUACGUACAAUUUAGAUGAUUGUCUUCAUUUACUUGAUGGUCGACUCAAACAAUUAACUACAUUAAUUGUUCGAUUACAAUACAUACACUUUUCAUCAAUUGUUCACAACAUGGAUAAUUUACCUAAAUUGAAAUGUUUCUCAUUAAAAUGUUAUGUUCAAAUUUGUCAAUAUGAUGAGACAAUUUUACCUCUUCUUCGUCGUAUGUCAUAUUUGGAAAACUUAACUUUAUAUCUUCGUAUAAAAAAUAGAGAUACAUUCAUCGAUAAAAUUCAUCUUGAAAAUGAAAUUCAUGUUUAUAUGCCACAACUUCAUUUAUUUACUUUUUAUAUUUGUACUUAUGACAAUACUGUUGAUUUAUUUCGUUAUGUGCCUAGUCAAGAUAUCCAACGAAAUGCCACAUAUGUUGGGCAUCAGCGUAUGGCUACUAUUAUAAAUUAUAUCAAUAGCUAUAUAGAUUGUACAGCUGUAUGUUCUAUCUUCUCACUUCCUUUUGCAUUUGAUCGUCUCGAAAGUAUUGGCAACAUAUUUCCAGAUAUUGUAUUCAAGUAUGUCACGUAUUUACUGGUACAAGAUGUAGUUCCAUUCAACCAUGAAUUCUUUGUUCGAGUUAGCCGAGCUUUUCCAUUACUGAAUAAUCUUCGUGUUAUAAAUACUAAAUCACAGUCAGCAUCUAAUGUUAAUGCAUUCUCAUCUGACUACACCCAAUCAUAUUCAAUUGCUGAAUAUCCUUAUCUUACUUCACUUAACGUGCGAACUGCAUGUAUUGAUUAUCUUGAACAAUUUUUAAAUGAAACAAAAACAUAUGUACCAUGUCUAACUGAAUUAACAACUUAUUAUCAGAGCUUGAGAAUUGUCACAAAGAACUUUAGAAGAGAAGAAACACGACGGAAUUCUAAUCUUGAUACAUUACCUUCAAAUGAAACAGCAAGUUAUACAUCAAUGAUUUCACCAACAGCAUCAUCGGCGACGACAAAUGAAGGCGAUGACGAAAGUGGAUGGACGAAUUUUGAUAUUGAUUUUAAUGAAUCGAUUUUACAAGUUCAUAAACGUUCACCACUUUAUAUUGUUGGAGACCGAGCCCAAUAUCGCGUAAGAAAUUUUUUUGAAGUAAAUACUUGGGUUUUAAAAUCAUUUCAGACUGGUCGUCUUGAACAAUUUCAAAAUUAUUGUUUUCUUCUACUUGAAUUUCAUGAUGUUAGUCAAAUAUAA